AUGUACUCCGCUAUUGUUGGUCUCACAUGUGCUGUUCUUCUGUCCGUCGUCUUUGCUGGCAAAGCUCCCGAUUACUAUGAGGUGUUGGGUCUUAGGCGCGGUUGUAGUACGCAGGAAAUCAAAAGUGCCUACAGAAAUCUUGCUAAACUCUACCAUCCGGACAAAAAUAAGUCGCCGGAGGCCAGUGAAAAAUUUCGACAGAUUGCAGAAGCCUAUGAAGUGUUGUCGGAUGAAAAGCGCAGGAGGGUUUAUGAUUCCAUGGGUCAUGAGCAAUACGUAGCCCACCCCGGAGCUCAUGAGCAAUCCGAAUGGAUGGGCAAUUUCCCCAGCCCCUUUUCUUUCGGAUCUCACUCCUUUUCGGCCCCAUUUGAAUUCACUGACAGCUUUCAUCCGUUUGAAUCCUCUGCCUCACCGUUCGACGACUCCUUCGAUCCUUUUGUCUUUGCUGAGGAUACACACUUUGGGAGGAGUUUUGCCUCAGAGACGGUUAACAGGCGCGACAGUGAGUAA